AUGAAGGAUAUUUUAGGAUUUUUUACACUCAAUGAUGGCAGCUUUUUUACACAAAGCAGAUGCUUUAUAGUUCUUACAGCCAAAAAGUCUACUUACGUUGGCUGCAGGCAAGAAUUAUCAAUGCCGACUGUGGUCCCAGAGGAGAGCAGCCACCCCUCUGUUUCUAGCCCCACAAAUUCUGCUGCUCCUCUCAUUCCCCAGGAGGCAUGUUGUAAAUUUAUCUGUAACCUUGUGGAGAAGACCCUGGCGCUGGUGAACGCUGCUGUGACUUACUCGAAGCCUCAGUUGGCCACAUUUUGGUACUACGCCAAGGUUGAGCUGAUUCCUCCCACCCCUGCUGAGAUCCCUAGAGUUAUUCAGAGCCUGAAAGAAAUAGUCAAUAGUGCUCAGACUGGUAGCUUCAAACAACUCACAGUUAAGGAAGCUGUGCUGAAUGGUUUGGUGGCCACUGAGGUGUUGAUGUGGUUUUAUGUCGGAGAGAUCAUAGGCAAGCAUGGCAUCAUUGGCUAUGAUGUUUGAAGACCAAUCUUUAACAUCUGGUUAUAUUUGAUUUAUUAUUUGAGUGUUGUUGGACCACGUGUGAUCAGACUGCUAUCUGAAUAAAAUAAGAUGUGUUAAAAAAA